UCAUGAAAACUAUUUUAGAUGGUGCUUCAAACUUGGCUGACAUGUAGAAGAGAUAAAAUAUUACCACUGAAGAUAUAAAGUUUAUCAUUCAUUUAUAAAUGCUAGAAUAGCCUAUGAAUAUCUAUAAAAUCCAACAAUCAGUACGAAUGACUUAAUUUAAGUUGCAUCUGACAAGAAUUCUCAACAAUUGAAUGAUCAAUUUAAAGAUUAAACUAAUUAUGAUGCUAGAUUGCCUGCAAGUGAAACCAAUAAACUUCUGAAACCCAAUUUCUAAGUUAUUGUUAAAACUCAACCUGAUUAAAUACCUCUAGUUUAAUAGUAAAUGGAAAUUGAAAAGAAUCCCAAUAAAUAACAAUAAUAAUAGUAAGCACCAAAAUUAGGAAGAAAAAAGAUGAAUAUCGAAAUGGACGAGGAUCAAUGAU